AUGAUCAAUGUCGACACGGACAAGCCCAAAUACCAAAAGGCACAAAACAAGAAAAUAAAAUAUCAAAAAUCCUACCACAGAUCGCAGCAUAUUACCUCGAUGCCAUUUCAUGGCCAGCUUCCUCGAGUCUGGAGAUUAGACAGGUUUAGCGGCGUUCAAAAAGAAAACAAGACAGAGGAGAUGGCUCUAGAAAUCCGCUGGUGUAUACAGCCUACAAAGAAGUGGAACUUUCGAGAUUCGGGCCGAGUACAAAUUCGGGUUGGGCUUGCGGGUAUUUUUUUUGGGAAAUUUGCACAGAGAGAGAAGUUUUUUCAGCACGCCACCAUCACAAAGACCUCACCGCCUUCACUCGCCCGUCGUCCGGCGUCCGGCGUCCCAGAUCCGUGCUCCACAGUUUACUGUCGAGCAACCCUGCGGCCCGCCAAAAUCACGCUCCUCGUCUGA